GCCGAACUUUAAGGAUCGCUGAGACGCCGUGCAAGAAAAGUGAUCGAAGACGAGAUAUUCGUGCUGUGUUCUGUGCUGUGACCCACUGAAAAUCUGAACGAAAUCUUGAAGAAUUUUGUAAUACCGAAAAUAUCGUUGUGCUGUGCCAAAAAUAUCAAGAAAAGUGAUUUAUAAAAAUGUCCAACCAAAUGGAGUUUAUUAUGCAACUUUACAUGAUGAACCUCAUGAAGCAGCAGCAGCAGCAACUGCAAUUGCAGCAGCCGCUGGCUGGAUACACCUACACCCAGAAUGAGGAUAUCUCGAGCAGCACAUGCCUGCAGCAGCAAAACGAACAGCAGCAACAUCAGCAACACCAGCAAUCGCAACUGCAACAGCCACAGCAAGAUCAUCUCAAGACAAGAACGCACAAACGCAUUAGCUCGCAAAACACCAACUGUAGUAGUAGCCGUAGUUGUAGUCCCAAUAGUAAUUUGAUUGCUUUUCAACCACAACAAUACACAGGCGCUACAGCAGCAACACCACCCACACCUAACAACACACACAAUUUGGUGGGCCAAAUGUUGCUCAACACCCUGCCGCCGCUGACGCAGUACAUGUUGCAGCAACAGCAGCAGCAGCAGCAACAUUUGCUGACCACCUCCAACCUCCUACUAACACCCAACCACACCCCCAGUUCCCUGGGCAAACAGGAUCAGCCGCAACAUCAGUUGCUGCUGGGCCAAUGCCAAUUCGCUGGCUCCGAACAGUUUACCACAAAUAACUUUCUGCAAUCCUCCACAGUGACAUCCACGCCAAUCGAGAAGGCAGCCACACCAGCAACUGAAGCAGGACCAACUGCAGCAGGAGCAACUGCCGGCAACUUUUCGGCGGUCACAGUCAAAUUUGAGCAGGACUCCCUCGACGACGAGGACGAUGACAAGCCGCUGUCCAGUCUCAACAGCUGCAGCUCCUCGGGCCACACCAACGCAAGCACCGAGAAGCUGCUGCUCCUGUCGGGCGUCCAUCCGCUGGAGUCAACCACCGACAGCCUUGACUCACCCAGCAUGUACACGCCCGUCAAGCAGCCAGCGGACUCAUCGUACCACAUCACGCCCGUCGAAAGCGAGCUGACCCCCAACACCCCCCUGCAACAGACCCAGACCACCUCCCUUCUGACCCCCCCCUCCAGUGAGCAGAGCAAGAGCAUGGUGAGCCUCUCGGCGGCCAGCGGCCUGGAUGCCCUUUUCCAGAGCGAGGAGAUCCUAAAGAACCUGCGCAAGGUGUCCUCCUAUCUGGAGUGCGAGAACAGCCUGUGCCGGCAGGAGAACCUGCGGGAGCACUUCCACUGCCACGAGGAGCCCUGCCAGGGCAAGAUCCUGAGCAAGAAGGACGACAUCAUCCGGCACCUGAAGUGGCACAAGAAGCGCAAGGAGAGCCUCAAGCUGGGCUUUGCCCGCUUCUCCUCGGCGGACGACUGUGCUCCUUCCUACGGAGAGGGGUGCGCUUACAACUGGAAGCAGACCCACUACCACUGCGUCUACGAGCACUGCCCGAAGGUGUAUGUGAGCACCAGCGACGUCCAGAUGCACGCCAACUUCCACCGCAAGGACUCCGAGAUCGUGAACGAGGGCUUCCGGCGCUUCCGGGCCCAUGAAAACUGCCGGAUCGAGGAUUGCCCCUUCUUUGGCAAGAAGAUCUCGCACUACCACUGCUGUCGCGAGGGCUGCAAUCACACCUUCAAGAACAAGGCUGAUAUGGACAAGCACAAGACCUACCACCUGAAAGACCACCAGCUGAAGAUGGACGGCUUCAAGAAGAUCCUGAAGACCGAGGUGUGUCCUUUUGAGGCCUGCAAGUUCUCCACCGUCUGCAACCACAUCCACUGCGUCCGCGAAGGCUGCGACUACAUCCUGCACUCCAGCAGCCAGAUGAUCAGCCACAAGAGGAAGCACGAUCGUCAGGACGGCGAGCAGGCCUACCAGCAGUUCAAGACAAAGCAGGAUGUGGAGGAGUCCUCGCUGGAUGCCACGCCCCAGCAGCUGCCGCCCAUCAGCGUUGGCCAACCUCAAGUCAGCAACUCCGUGUGUGGCAGCAACACCUCCACUCCGCUCUCCUCCCUCUCCGCCGAACACUUUCUGGCCCGCAAACGCGGCAGGCCGCCCAAGAAAAUUCAACUGCCCGCCGAUGCUCAGCAGCCGGAAGCCAAGCGCCUCAAGGUCGAGGAUGAUACCAGCAAUCCCGCGAUGCUCUUGCCUCAGUCCCAGCCUACAGCCCCUGUCCACCCGUUGACCAAUGGUCUGUUUCCAGGCCUGCUGCCCGCUGCCUCUGCUCCUGGAGUGGAUCCCACGGCCCCGAACUUCCAGCUCACCCACCUGAUGGCCCUGUUUCAGCUGCAGAAUCCGCUCUUCUACCAGAACAUCUAUCCCGGAAUGACCGGAAUGACCCAGAACCCGUCCAUGCUCGGAAAUCUGGCGGCGCUUAGUGCCGCUUCGGCAGCAGCGGCGGCGGCAGCGGCGGCAAAUGGAGUCCAGCAGCCCAAGCCGGAAUUUACCUUUAAGCCCGAGUAUAAGGAGUAGAAAGGAUGCAUGUCCCUAGGUAGUUUGUAACUAGUUAGUUGGACUGACGGACGCUAUACUGUACAUAAGCAGGUUCGUCUUUACUUUGGUUGGGUUUUUUGGGUGUUAGGGCAGGACCAGGACUUGACAUCUUACCCUCCACAAAAACCAACUCAGCCACAUUUUAAGGAGCUAUAAGUCUCUGUUCAAAGUGUAGCUGAAUUGGCUUUUGCAUAUUAUUAUCCUAUAGUUUAGCUUCUUCGAGUGCCACAUUAAUUUCUAAAAUUUUCAGCCAUUUUGAAUAAAAAAGAAGAAUUUCUUGAUUUUUAGUUUGACUAAAACUGUGAUGUUUCAUUAGGAUAGCCUCAUUUAAUUGAUAGUGAAAAUGAUUAAUUUGCCGGACUUAGGAGACUUGAGUUGUCAAUAACAUAGCAUAUAAGUAUUAAAUUGUAUGUGAUAUAUACUAAUAAAAUAACGCUAAUUGUUGUCGCUUUAUAAAAUAGGAGGAUGCUAUUAUAAUAAAAUAUUAGAACCUUUA